CAUUUCUUAUCUGGAAGCUGCAUGCUUUAAGUUAACUACUAUAAAUAGAAAUGUCUUCUCCUCCUUGUCUAUCAAGUCACUUGCUUCAAAUAUUCUUCACAUCCACAAAAUUGAUAACGUUUCAUUUAAAAACAAAGAAGAAGAUGGGUUUAGUGCGGUCCAUGCUUCCAAAUGCAAAGCAAAUCUUCAAAUCACAAUCUAUCAGGAACAAGAACGGAUCACCAUCAUCAACAACAGCUUCAGGGCUUGUUCCUAAAGGUCACAUAGCGGUUUACGUUGGGGAAAGAAUGGAGAGGACGAGAUUUGUGGUUCCGAUAUCAUACUUGAACCAUCCUUUGUUCAGAGAGCUUCUUAAUCGAGCAGAGGAAGAGUUUGGAUUUGAUCAUCCAAUGGGCGGUUUGACGAUUCCUUGUCGAGAAGAAGCGUUUCUUCAUCUCAUUACUUCUCAUCAGCUGCAUUGAGAAACGCAUUGAUUAAUUAAAUAGUCUUAGUAGGGUUUUGAUGAAUCUUUUUGUUGUUGUUCUCUCAGAGAAUUAUAUGAAGUUUAGUUGUGUGUAUAUGGAUUGUCCAAACUUGUGUUUCGAAAUAAGAUCUUAAUAAUCUUGCAAUGA